UUUCACUGGUCAGUUUCCCAAACUUCAGGAAACUCAUGUUACUCCAGAAAUAUUUGGAUUGGCUGUGAGAGACGUCAAUCAGAGAGCCCACCCACUCUGCCCAUUCUCUCCUCUUCCUCUUCCACAGCUGGUUCACUUCCUGUAGGGACUGAAAACCAAGUGAGGAGAUGAAGGAUUGCACCGUACUACACCAGAGAAUACGGAGAGAAUAAACACCGCAGAUAGAUCCUGACCAUCAAUCAAGGAACAACUGAACAACUGUGGGAAGACAUCCAGUCCCUUCACAGCAUUGCUCAACACAGAGAAGGUUGGACAGUGAAAGCAUCAUCUGGAAAUCGGUCAGGUCAGGGGAGCUUUGACAGAUCAUCAGAUCUGAAACUGGUCAGUGGUGUGGAACCUUCCAUCAGAACUAAUCAUUCCGAAGGUUCGGCUGUGGGCGAUCGGUCAGGGUGAGGCUGGGAAGAAGUGUGAGUGGCUCCAAGUGUGGUUAGAGCUUCAAUCAUUCAUCGAAACUCAUGAACCACUGACUCAUUCCAACAGGUGGGAGGCUGUUCAAGUGUGAGGUGUGUGAGGAGGGCUCCACAGGCUCAUACGAACACACAAGAUACGUCUUUUGUACAACUGUUAACACAAGGACAGCUACAUGGAAGCAAAACCAUUCACCUGUGAGGUGUGUAAUAAGGGCCUUGCACGAUUAUCGGGCCUGGUGAAUCACCGGCGCAUUCACACAGGGGAGAAACCAUUCACUUGCGACAUCUGCGACAAAUCCUUCAGACAGUUAUCAAACCUGCGUGUUCACCGACGCAUUCACACUGGAGAGAAACCAUUCACCUGCGUAGUAUGUGACAAAUCAUUCUCUCUCUUAUCAUCCCUCCGCAUCCACCAACGCAUUCACACAGGGGAGAAACCAGUCAAGUGUGAAGUUUGUGACAAAGCCUUCACACAGUUAUCAAGUCUCCUUGGCCAUCAGACAAUCCACACAGGGGAGAAACCCUUCAAGUGUGAAGUUUGUGACAAGGCUUUCGUGACAUCUUCGAGCCUCCUGCUACACCAGAGGUUUCACACAGGAGAGAAACCAUUCAGGUGUGAGCUUUGUGAAAUGGCUUUCACGCAAUCGUCUGAUCUCCUGAUACACAAGAGGAUUCACACAGGGGAGAAACCAUUCAAGUGUGAGUUGUGUGACCGAGCCUUCACAAGGUCAACGAUGCUUAUGGAACACCAACGCGUUCACACUGGGGACAAACCAUUCACGUGUGAGGUGUGUAAUAAAUCAUUCUCACAGUCAUCAAACCUCCACGUACAUCAACGUAUUCACACAGGGGAGAAACCAUUCAGUUGUGAGGUGUGUAAUAAGGGCUUUGCACAGUUCUGGCGCCUGGUGAAUCACAGACGCAUUCACACUGGGGAGAAACCAUUCACGUGCGCGCUUUGCAACAAAUCAUUUUCGCUGUUACAGAAUCUCCGUGUACACCAACGUAUUCACACCGGUGAGAAACCAUUCACAUGUGAGGUGUGUGACAAAUCAUUCUCACAAUCAUCGUCCCUCCGUGCACACCGACGCAUUCACACUGGGGAGAAACCAUUCACUUGCGAGGUGUGUGACAAAUCAUUCUCAAGGUUAUCUCACUUUCGUGUACACCAACGCAUUCACACUGGGCAUAAACCAUUCAAGUGUGAGGUGUGUGACAAAGCCUUCACAAACUCAUCGAACCUCCUGGUCCAUCAGAGGAUCCACAGAGGAGAGUAACUCUUCAAAGGUGAGAUUUACGUUGAAGUUCACCUGAAAUCUUCAACCCUCUUGGGACACCAGAGAAUUCACGCAGGGUAGAAACUCUUCUGGUGUGAUGUUUGUGACAAGGCUUUCACCCACUCCUUCAAUCUCCUGAAGCACCACAGGAUCCACACUGGUGAGAAACCAUUCAGGUGUGAGGUGUGCGACAAGGCUUUCAGUGUAUCUCCUGGUCCAUUAAUGCACUCACACAGGGGAGAAACCCUAUCAGUGUGAGUUCUGUAAUAAAGCCUUCACACAGUAGUUGGACCUCCUGUAACAUCAGUGAACCCACACAGGAGACAAACCCUUCGAGUGUGAUGUAUGGUAGGAUUGUUUCACCUAUUCCUCUUUCACCAUGCACCACCCACAUCUCCACACAGACUUGGAGCCGGGUCACCUGCUUCCGUUACACUGAGAGUUGCCGGUGUUCUUUAUCCUCCAGUGUUCACACAGGGGAGCCGUCCUUCCAAAGCACUGUCUGUCUCAGCAGUGUCUGUCUCAAACCUCUCCCAUCAUCAGUCCAAUUGUUUCAAUAAGGCCAAUUUAACCCUCGACCAGAUCGCCAAACAUCACCAAAAGAAGACAUCAAUAUGUAUAAAAGCUCCUGUAUAAACUCAGCAUCCUUUCAGUGCAGCGUCAGGUACAAGUCACUCACUGAUUCUCACUCUGGCUAAGAAGGCAAUCAGAUACUCAGUGGUUAGAAAGGCUUCAGCUUCUGAUCUACCAGCACAAGCACCCAGAGGAGGAGCCAUUCCUGGGGUAGUAAUGGAGGGACUUCAAUUAGCCUUAGCAUCUCUGGUCUGUGGAAGGGAAGAAUCAGCUGGGAAGUCAGGAGGAGGGCAGGAUGUGUCUCGGCUGUGACAGUCUCCAUUGUCUCACAACAUUUACUGUCUGGGCCUACACAUGCUGAAUGGCCACUCAAACAGAGCACUAGAGGCCAAUCAAUGUCCACAGUCUGUACUCCAGGUCAGUACCUUGAGGAUUGGGGGGAAUGUGAGAGGACAACAGCUUGUAUUUAUAGAGCAUUUUAAUAUAGUCAAACAUCCCAAAGUGUUUCAUAGAGACGUCAUCAGAGAAAAAUUAACACCGAGACAAGGAGAUGUUAGGAGGUGAUGACCAAAAAUAUGGUCAAAGAGGUAUUUAAGGAAGGUCCUAAAGGAGGGGAGAAGGACAAAGAUGCAGAGAGAUUUAAGGAGGAAAUUCAUGAGCAUGGAGCCUGGAUGGCUGAAGACACAGACAGCAAUAGUGAAGUGAAGGAAGUGGAGUGGAUGUACUAAAGACCAGAAUUGGAGGAGUGCAGAGACCUUGGAGGGAGAUGGGGCUAGAAGUGACAGAGAUAGGGAGGGGGCUGAGGCCAUGGAGCAAUUUGUACUGGAGCAUGAGAAUUUUAAAUUGGAGGCACUGGGGGUCUGGGAACCAGUAUAGGUCAGUGAAUACUGGGGUGAUAGGUAUAUGAGUUAGGAUAGAGACCGCAGAGUUUUAGCUGACCUGAAGUUUAUGGAGGGUGGAAGAUGGGAAGCUGGACAGGAGAGCAUUGGAAUGGUCUAGUCUAGUCUAGAAGUAACAACAGCAUGGAUGAGGAUUUCAACAGCAUAUGAGUGUUGGAAAUGGCCAAUGAUACAGAGAGGGAAUCAAGUCACUUUAGUGAUUAAAUAGAUUAUCUUGAACUACCCUCUCUAUAAUCUAAUCUAUAAUCUUAAACACCUCAGUUAUAUUAUCCAUUAAUUUUCUACAUUCAAGGGAAUGCAAGCUCAGUCUGUGCAACCUAUCCUCAGAAUUUAACCCUUUUAGCCCCAGGAACAUUCUGGUGAAUCUACGCUGCGCUCCCUCCAAAGCCAAUAUAUCCUUCCUGAGGUGCGGUGCCCAGAACUGAACACAGUUCUCUAGAUAGGAUCUAAACAGAGCUCUGUACAACUGGAACAUAACUUCCACAAGGACACAGUUGGUUCUGGGAAGGAGAAGUUGUGGGUUUUCUUUUCUCUUCAGGAUAGUCCUGGAGUAAUGAGCAGUUUUGGUAGAGGAAAGCAGGACCACUAAAGCUUGAUGUGGUCCAGUCACAUCUGGCGAUGGUUAGCUAAACCAGUUGUGUACCAGAUACGCUCACAUCUUCAAUCCUUGGACUUGAGCAACAGGGAGGCCGAUGUGGAAGGAAGAGAGCAAAGGUAAUUUUGGGAACAAGGGUGUAGAAGGUGGAUAUGAGGAAGUGAUUAAACCAGAUUGAUGGCUACAGAAGCAUUGUGGUGAAUGGAGGGCCAAAGGGCAAAGAGUUGGGAAUUAGAAAGCGCUGUCCAACUCACCUGGGGGAAGAGUGUCUUCCAGGAAUGGAAAUUGAUUGAUCCAUGUACUCAUGUGACCACUGGAUCUCUGUAACCAUUGGUUGGUUUGUAUGAUGGAAACGAGCUCUAUCCUGUGCCACUAAAGUUCGGGGUCAUUUCUGAUCAUUGGAAUUGGGAGCCAGACUAAAGCACAGGGAUUUUAAAGAAACUUCUGUCUGUAGUAUUCUGAGAGUUCCCCCUGAUGUGUGUGUGUGUGUGUGUGUGUGUGUGUGUGUGUGUGUUAGUAAAGUGAGCCAGCUCUCAGGAGUGGGUGUCGGGUAGAAUCGGAUGCUGCUUUAGUUGGUGAUGUGCAUUUAUAGACACCUCUUCAGGUGAUGGGUGUUUGAUGAAUACCAUGGGUAAUGUUUGUAUGUUUGUACUGUCUGGGAGGACUACUAUCCUGAGUAUGGUGAGGGAUUGGGGGUGAGUCUCUACAGACCUGCGUUCCCUCAGUCCAUCAUACCUCAAUGUAAUAAUGGUGUGAUAUGUUCACCUUACACUCUUCCAAGAUACAUUUCAUGUCCGGGGAAAGAUCUUGAGUCAUUUUCAAAUGCUUUAUUAACUUGAUUGCUUCAAAGUUUGAUGUAACCUUAAUAUGACGUUGUUCUUUGCCUGCUAUUUUAUUGAUCCUCUGUAUAAGUUUAUAACUUACAAUAAAUUAAUGUUUUUA